AUGAUCUCUCCCAUGGGCAAGUUUGUGCCGUGGAUGUUGUCCGUAAUGGGGGUGCCCGGGGGUUUGUUGUUGCUCCUAAUUUUGCAGAUUUUUACAGAAGGCAUUUCAGUUCAACCAGAACUCAUCAGCACAGUUUUACCAACCACACCUCGUCCACCACCUCAGAACUUCACCACAGAUCAGGUGGAAACUACCACAACAACAGCAGGCAACAGCACAGCAGUUGAGGGGCAGGUCCGUCUGACCAAUGGAGGAAACAGCUCCUGCUCUGGCAGAGUAGAGAUCUUCCUCCGUGGACAGUGGGGGACGGUUUGUGAUGAUUUGUGGGAGCUGGUUGAUGCUCAGGUGGUGUGUAGACAGCUGGGCUGUGGCAGGGCUCUGUCAGCACCACAAGGUCCACGCUUCGGACUGGGCAGCGGGCCCAUCUGGUUGGAUGAUGUCACAUGCACAGGCAACGAAUCAAAGCUCAGCGAGUGCAGCCACAGAGGGGUUGGAUCUCACAACUGUAAUCACAAUGAGGAUGCUGGUGUGGUCUGCGAAGCUGGUUCACCAGUGAGGCUGGUCAACUCUGACAACCGGUGCUCUGGCAGAGUGGAAGUCUACCAUGAUGGACAGUGGGGGACAGUGUGUGACGAUAGCUGGGACCUGAGGGAUGCCAACGCGGUGUGUAGACAGCUGGGCUGCGGCACAGCUCGUUCAGCACUAACAAAUGCAGCUUUUGGACAGGGCAGUGGACCCAUCUGGUUGGACGAUGUCAGUUGUACUGGAAAUGAAUUAUCAAUAACAGACUGCAGACAUCAAGGGUUUGGGGUCCACAACUGUGUUCACGGUGAAGAUGCCAGCAUCAUCUGUGCAGGUAAAUGUUUACCCAUAUUUAAAGUACACUCCAUUUCUUCUUGCUCACAUUUAACUAGAGAAAUGGUCUCAUCAAUAAGUUUCAAUAUUUGCCACACACAAUAGGUAUUGUUUUGUAGA